AUGCAGUCUCCUGAGAUGGCUCGUAUGUCUGUUUUCAGGUUCUCAGCUCUGGCUCUGCUGCUGCUGCUGUCUGCCUGCUGUUGGGCUGACAAUGAGCUGAAGACAGAGGAUGGUGCAGAGGACCUUUCUGUCUCUGAACUUCUGGAGCGGGCCAACAGUAAUUUGAUCCGUUCUGAUGACAAUCCCAUGCUGACUGAGGGAGAUAUUGCUAUCGACAGCGAGACUGAGAGAAAUGCUGACCCUUGCACCAGCCGAGGUUGCAUGUGGGGCAAGUGGACUGAUGGGAAGGUCUACAUUCCUUAUUACAUCUCCAACCAGUUUUCCUCUCGUGAAAAGGCCAUCAUCACUAGGGGACUGGAGUCCUUCUCUUCCUUCUCCUGCAUCCGCUUCAGGCCCAGCAGAAGCAGCGAUCGUGACUGGCUGAGCAUUGAGUCCAAGGAUGGCUGCUACUCGUAUGUUGGACGUCGUGGUGGUAAGCAGGUGGUGUCCCUGGCCCGUCGUGGAUGCCUUUACCACGGCACCGUCCAACAUGAGCUGCUCCACGCUCUGGGCUUCAACCAUGAACAGACCCGCUCUGACAGAGAUAACCACAUCAAAGUCAUGCUGCAAAACGUUCAGUCUGGAAUGGAGCACAACUUCAGGAAGAUUGCCACCCUCAACCAGGGCACUCCCUACGAUUACAACUCUGUCAUGCAGUACCACAAGUACGCCUUCUCCAAGAACAACAAGCCCACCAUGGUUCCCAUUCCUAACUCUAAUGUCUCCUUUGGCAACGCUAAAGAAAUGAGCCGUAACGACAUUGCCAGACUCAACAAUCUCUACAAGUGCUAGAAAGCCUGUCUGGAUGUGCUGACAAACCAAUCAGAGUGAACAAGCUACAGAGCUGAACUCAUCAGCACAGCAUUGACUCAUCAUCCAGUAACGUUUGUUUGAUUAGAAUAAGACAGACAUCUCAUUUUUUGUUUUAGCCAAUUCAGCUCUGUACUUUGUCCUCUCUUUAAUCUGAAGAAUAAAAACGGUGCUAUAACCCA